AUGCAAUCCGCCGCCGUCGUCCGUCACCGUCGGCCGCUCUCGGCGCUGUUCGCCGCCACGCGCCGCGCCGCCUCGUCGGCCGCCGCCCCCGCGUCGACGUUUGCCAAGCGCGACGGCUCGCAGGGCCCCAUCGACAGCGCGCGCGCGUUCAUCGAGUUCAAGCGCGAGGCCGACCCGUACCGCGACGUGGCCGAGCGCGUGCACGACUGGAACGAGAUCAACGCGGGGCGCCGCGACCCCACGGAGCGCAAGAUCCAGGCCGCGCGCUGCAUGGACUGCGGCACGCCCUUCUGCCAGACCAACACGGGCUGCCCCGUGAACAACCUUAUCCCCGAGUGGAACGCGCUCGUGUUCCGCGACGAGUGGCACGAGGCGAGCGACCGCCUGCACAAGACGAACAACUUCCCCGAGUUCACGGGCCGCGUGUGCCCCGCGCCGUGCGAAGCCGCGUGCGUCGCGGGCCUCGUGGACGACCCCGUCACGAUCAAGAACACGGAGUACGCAAUCGUCGACCGCGCGUUCGAAGAGGGCUGGAUCGUGCCCCGUCUGCCGCGGCGCAACGGCCUGCGCGUGGCGGUCGUGGGCUCGGGCCCGGCCGGGCUCGCGGCGGCCGACCAGCUCAACCAGAAGGGGUACCACGUGACGGUCUACGAGCGCGAAGACCGCGUGGGCGGUCUGCUCAUGUACGGCAUUCCCAACAUGAAGCUUGACAAGAAGACGGUCGAGCGGCGCGUUCAGCUGCUGCAGGACGAGGGCAUUGCGUUCGUCACGAACGCCGACAUUGGCGGCAGCUCGAGCCGCUCGGUGCAGCAGCUCCAGGCCGAGAACGACGCGGUCGUGCUGGCGCUCGGCUCGACGGUGCCGCGAGACGUGGACAUUCCGGGACGGGACCUCAAGGGCGUGUAUUUUGCGAUGGAGUUUUUGACCAAGAACCAAAAGCGAUUGAUGCUCACGGUGGACGGGAAGCUCCAGAGCGGCUGGGACCGGGACUUUGUCACUGCAGAAGGCAAAGACGUGGUGGUCAUUGGUGGCGGGGACACGGGCACGGACUGCAUUGCCACGUCCAUGCGGCAGCGGUGCAAGUCGGUGGUGAACUUGGAGCACAAUCCGGAACCCCCGGCGCAACGAGCGCCAGAGAACCCGUGGCCUCAGUAUCCGCGAGUCUAUGGUGUGGAUUACGGUCAUGCUGAGGUACGCUCGGUAUUCGGAGAAGAUCCGCGCAAGUACGCUCGUGUCACGAAGGCGUUCAAGGGCAACGACGCGGGUGAGAUCACGCACGUGGUGGCUGUGCGUGGCCACAAGGACCGCAAGACCAAUGUGAUCACGGAGAUUCCUGGCACCGAGGAAGAGAUUCCGUGCGACCUUGUGCUGUUCGCCAUGGGGUUUGUGCACCCGGAGCAGAAGAUUGCCGAGUCGCUUGGUCUAGAGGUGGACCAGCGCCACAACAUUCGGGCUGCGUACGGGGACUACCAGACGUCGGUGGAGGGCGUGUUUGCUGCUGGCGACUGUCGACGCGGCCAGUCUCUGGUCGUGUGGGCGAUCAAUGAGGGCCGUGGCGUUGCAGACGCAGUGGAGAAGUACUUUUUGCAGGAGGGUUUCCACCCAGAGGUGUCCCAGAGCCAGCGCUUUGGAUGA